AUUAUUAUAGCUUAUUCAAUCAAUCAAAAUAAUAACAAAAAGACUGAUUUCGAAAACAAGGCACUACGUUUUUAUUUAGAGUUUUCUUAAAACGCAAUGUACAAAUAUGACUAACGCUUUGUUGGUGGCCUUUGUUACGUUUUUGGUAGCUAGUGGAAAUUUUGUCCAGUCUGAAAAGUGUCGCGAAACAGGCAGGUGCCGAUGUGAGUAUGACGAUGGCCGGAUCAUCGAUCUGAACGAGAUGGUGAACAAGAAUGGACCACUGCAAACGAUAGAUCCAUUUACCAACGACACUUACUACUUCCAUCCGUGUUCAAACACUCGUCUUCCUGAACUGAAAGGAUGUAGCGAUGGUGACGGAUAUGCCUUGUGUCGUUAUGAAAAUAAAACUAGCACUUACACCAGACUCGCAAACGCCACAAAUAGCAGCUUUCUCUCGUCCCAAGAUGGUGAGCAGUAUCUUAUCAUGAGAUCGAAUGAAACGGUAUUGUUUUCCUUCCAGCUGUUUUGCAUGAAUCAUGACAAAUCAUACAUUUUUGUCAAUCAGCAAAAUAAACUUGAAAAUCAAACGAAUUUUAGGAUGAUGCUCUUCUCCUCGCAUGCCUGCAGUUACACCGUUCCUGGGAGUACUGGGAAAGUGCUUUUGAUAUUAUUUUUCGUAGGCAUUUUCACUUAUUUCACAAUCGGAUCGAUCGUUCGUUUCAUGUAUCUCGGCGCCCGAGGAAUUGAGGUGGUACCCAAUUUAGACUUUUGGAAGGACCUUCCAGGAUUAGUGAGGGAUGGCGCAAGCUUCGUGCGAAAUGGAUGCCGUGUUGAACGGUCUCCAGAUCCUGACUCCUACGAUGCCAUAUGAGAACAUCAAAUCACAACUCGAUUGUUUUUAUUGCUUCGAUUCUUUUCAUGAAAUCGUAGUGACAAAAUUGUACCAAAGUAAGGGAACGGCGAAUACAAUACCUAGUGAUAGAGCAACUAUCGCAAUUUAUCAGUAGAUGAAAUGCUGCCCAUCUAGGUUGACGACUAAAGCGAAUACUGUUAGUGUAACUCAAUAAACCUCGAUGUUCUCAA